AUGAUUCUCUUGCUCUUUCUCUUUCUAACCACUCCUCUGACGUGUUUGGACUCUGAAAACAACCAGCCAAUAUAUAAAUUCGCAAUAGUCUCUGGAGUUGUCGACGUGGCGAAUGCAACGACUACUCUUCCGAGUGUUGAGAGUGAGGAUGCGUGUGUCGACAAGUGUGAAACUGAUGCCAAUUGUGUACUGGCAUUUGUAUCCACCUCGUUGACCUGUUAUCUCUUUGACUAUGGAUCUAUCACUGCGGUCUCAAAAAAUGGAACAAAUGGAACUGGAGACGCUGGAACUGUUGCUUUCAAGGUAUAUACCAACCAACCUGCUUGCGAUCUGAAUCUCCAAUUCUUGCUCAAUGGAAAAAAUUAUCCACUGAAUGCAAAUGAUACAACCAAGGACUUGUGGAAAAUUGAUACCGAUGAAAAUGGAUGGAUUAUCAGUUACGGCACUCCGCCUCCUCUCAUCUGUGGAAACUUCACCUACAACCGUCCCUACCCAGACGGUUGCAAUCCGGAAUGUGAUGUCACAAUGGUUCAAGUCAACGCAAUACCCGGACCACUGUCAACAGAAUACAACAAUCAAGACGCCAAUAACUGGAAUGAUUGCAUGUACGCUUGUCAUGGGAAUCUUGCGUGUUUCGCUACCUAUUUCGACUCAACCGUCGGAUGUCGCUGGUGGAAUAUCUACAAAAUCUGGUUCUUUAAUAGAACAGAGGCUCAGGAUAUGCAAGGAGCCCAUAUGGCUAUCAAGAUUCCCCUGAGUCCAGUAUCCUGUAAAUACACAACUGAACAAUUGUUGGAUGACAAGUACUACCUUCCAUACAACAGGAUUCUAGCAUCUGUCAGACGAGGAUUUUUCCGAAUGAGGACGACACCGAAGUACUACAAAUUCUCGGCUUACGUGGAUGAAAAGUUCGAUUACAAAUUCACCUUUACUGGAUGUGAGUUCGGCACACGUGCAUCAGCGACCCAGACCUAUAACAAGCAAUCAGGGACAUUCACGACUAACGAAGAGACACUGAUGUGUGUUGGUCUAGUAAAUACUCCGAAUAUCACACAAGUCGCUGCGAACGAGUUGUGUCAUGAGAUGGAUGGAAAACUGAUGACCGAAAGACAUGCAGCAUUUAUCAAUGAUGGAAAUAAUUGUCCAGGGUCAUACUCGAGAAUUGAGUUGUAUACGCUGAUGUAUCCGGAUUAUGGGACAAAGGUCGGAUUUAAUUACCAAAAUCAACAAGGUUUCAAGAUAUGGUUUGGAUUGGAGAAGGAAUCUAGUCAAUCUUUCAAAUGGCAAGCACCCGAGUGGUCAAUCGUUAAUGGAGAGACGUAUAAAAUGUGCUCUUCGGGAUUGCCUUGGAACACUUAUGUGAAUGAAACUAUAAAUCAAGUACAGUUCACAUGGGGACCUGGUGAACCAGCGGCGGGUGAUGGACUGGACUGCGGAUAUAUGUACUACAAAUAUAACACUUCAUACCCAGGAUACAGUCUCAAAGCAGCGAGAUGCGACGACGUUGCCGAUAUCUUCGCUUGCGGACACGAAACCCAAGCAAAAAAAGGAAUUCCACCGUUCCAACAGAUUGCUGACGAAUACGGUCGAAGUCUUAAAACUCAUGAGAAAGACCCGGCAUAUUGGCAAUAUCAAUAUUAUAAUGAAAGCGCCACAUCAUAA